UUUUGAUUGAAAUAAUUUUUGUUUUGAGAUAAACGCGUUAUGGCCUCUUAUUUUCUGGCUGAAAAGCAGCAAUUCAAUAUUUUUGAUGAUAGUACUGUAAUUUCUCCCAAACUUUUACAAAAUGAUUCAACAACUUCCUUUUCAACAAUUACAUCUUGCCCUGGCUCUUCAAGUUCAUGGUUGGUAAGGCUAUUAAUUAAAAAUUUAUCUGAUUUAGCAAAAGAUAAUGAUGACCAUAUAUCUGUGUUUUUUGUUUCGUUCAUUGAGAAUAAAAACUUUUGGGAUACGGCAAUGAGAAAACUAAAUGUUAAUAUUUCUUUUAAAAAGUCUUCAAGAUCAAAAUUUCAUUUUCAUUUUAUUGAUUGCUUUACUGAUUUAUUCACAAAAAAACUUUCAAUAAAUGAUUUAACCGAUCUAUCAGUAAAAACAUUUUUUGUGAAUUAUAUUAUUAGGCAGAUUUUGGCAAAAUAUGAACGUUUUAGUUCUAAUUCAAAAAUGGUUAUUUUUAUUCAUAAUCCAGAGAUUUUGUUAUCUUCGACUAUGUUACAAUCUCUUACUUUAUUCAAUUUAAUUCUCACAGCAAUAAAAUUGACCAAAUGCAAACUUCUAUUUCAUGUAUCAAACCUUUCUCCUAAAUUGGCUGAUUUUAGUAAUUCUUUAAAUAAUGAUAAUUCUCUUGAGUAUAAAAUCACUGAUUACAUUUCGAGAUUACAUUAUAUUUCUAAUUUCAACCUUCAUAUAACUCCAUUAAAAACUGGAGCUGCAAGUGAUAUUACUGGCAAAUUAUCGGUAGUUAAUGGUUCUAGACCAGUUGUCGAUGUCAUAUCAAAAAAUGACCAAAGUUUGUCAAUUGUUGAAAAACAGUUUCUUUAUUUUAUUAAUAAAGAUGGAAACCCUGUAUUUUAUUUUAUGUAGUGUGAAAUAUGAAAUAAAUUCAAUUUUUAUAAAAUAUAAAUUACAUAAAGUAACCGAUAUUUUGCUUCUGGUGUCAUAAAAGUAAACCUGUGUCUCAAUCCAUUAUUUACAUUUUAUUUCAUCUAUAAUAGGGCAAUACUAUUCUUAUUUUUAAUUAUAAAUAUAAUUAAAUAUUCAUACUGUCGAAAUGGAAAUAAAAUCAGUUGAUAAAAGAAAACACAAAAUAUAAAAACAAAAAUAUCUAGAAACAGAAAAUAUUAGAUAAAAAGUAGGUAUCACUAUUAAUAAAAAUAAAAAAAACCAUAGCCCAAAAAACUUGAAAUUCCAACCAAAAACAAAGACCAAAACAACUGAAAAAAAAUUUAUAUAGAAUAAGUACAAAAGAAACUUUUCAUUUUAUAUAUUUGAGGAAACCAGCACAAUUAAAAUUUUUUAAGAAACGGGAUAUGAACGAAUCAGUUGAAAAA